GAGGCGCCCCCAGGGACGAUUCCACAGGACGAGGACGUCUGCUCCCAUUUCAAGGACUUGCAUGUCUCUCGCACCUAUUUCUGGGCUGAGUGGAGGCUGGUGCAACCCAGGCCUGGUGAGGUGGCCAGCCAGACUCGGAGAGAAGUCCUUCUUAACUGUCUCCUAAGAAGUGACCUUUACCAGCGAACACUUGGACUGACCCAGGAGGGGACCACGGACUGGUCUGGUCUCUGCUGCCCUCGUCUGGUUGGAGGGUGCUACUCCUCUUGACUCCUGACUGCUUUCCCACAGCGCUGAGAGGAUGAGGCUCUGGCCUCCACCUGGCCCUCACCCGUGACCCCUUCCACCACGGCGGAGCCUGCCAAGCCAACCUGCUGCCGUGUGGUGAUCUACCUGCAGCGGGAGAUGUCAGGGGACACCUGUCUGUGCCCAACCUCAGCGGCCAAGCCCAAGCUGAGCAGCUUCAAGGGUGGCAGCCUGGGCCACAAGUACGUCCAGCUCAAUGUGGGCGGCUCCCUGUACUACACUACUGUGCGGGUGCUGACCCGGCACGACACCAUGCUCAAGGCCAUGUUCAGCGGGCGCAUGGAGGUGCUGACGGACAAAGAAGGCUGGAUCCUCAUAGACCGCUGUGGGAAACACUUCGGCACCAUCUUGAGUUACCUCCGAGAUGACGCUGUCACCCUCCCUCAAAGCCGGCAGGAGAUCCAGGAGCUGAUGGCGGAAGCCAAGUAUUACCUCAUUCAGGGGCUGGUGACCAUGUGCCAGAGCGCCCUGCAGGACAAGAAGGACCCCUUCCAGCCUGUGUGCAGCAUCCCCGUCAUCACCUCCCUGAAGGAGGAGGAGCGGCUCAUCGAGUCCUCCACCAAGCCCGUGGUCAAGCUGCUGUACAACAGAAGCAACAACAAGUACUCCUACACCAGCAACUCUGACGACCACCUGCUGAAAAACAUCGAGCUCUUCGACAAGCUCUCCCUGCGCUUCAACGGCCGGGUGCUCUUCAUGAAGGACGUCCUCGGCGACGAGAUCUGCUGCUGGUCCUUCUACGGCCAGGGCCACAAGCUGGCGGAGGUGUGCUGCACCUCCAUUGUGUAUGCCACCGAGAAGAAGCAGACCAAGGUGGAGUUCCCAGAGGCCCGCAUCUAUGAGGAAACACUCAACGUUCUUCUCUUUGAGAGUCCCCGCGUCCCUGACAACUCCUUGUUGGAGGCCACCAGCCGCAGCCGCAGCCACGCUUCCCCCAGCGAAGACGAGGAGACCUUUGAACUGUGGGACCGGGUCCGCCGCAUCCACGUGAAGCGCUACAGCACUUACGACGACCGGCAGCUCAGCCACCAGGCUGCCUAUCGGGACUGACAAGCCCCCCCACCCCCGGGAGCCAGGGCACAGGAGGGCCCAUCUCCCCUCCGCUGGCUGCCCCAGGCUGCUGCUGGCCGGGCCUCGGCUCCAGCAGCCAGAGGCACGGCCAGCCCUGCCUGCGGCUCAGAGGGCCAGGACCAGCCAUUCCUGGGCCCUGCUCCCCUGACACUUCAAGGAUCAUGCUGUCCCCAGCCUGAGGGGGCAGCUCUUCUGCCUGUGGGUGAAGGGACUCACUCACCCAUCUCCUGCUACGAUGACCACUCAGCUCGGCCUGUGCCGGUCUGAAGGGCUACUCGGGAGGCCUGUGGGCACAGCAGUUCCAUCUGCAGGAAAGGCGGCUCCCUCCGAGGGCGGGCUCCUUUUAUCCCUCCGGUGUUUGAGCACAAGCCUGGUGUUUGCUUUUUAACAUUAGGGAAUGAGUAGUCUUAAAGUCUAAUAAGGAAGGGUCUGGGUGUCUUGGCCACCUUCCAGGGCGCCCUGUCCCUGGUGAGGGAGGACGAUGCCUUUGGGACCUAGCUCUUUAAAAGCACUUCGUACUUUUAUUUAGGAGAUUGUAUCUGC